GCAAAUCUGGCUUACUUCUGCCAGUCCUAUCCACACUUGGAGCACAGCUCUUCUCGGGAGCUCUGUGGAGAGGGUGGCUCUCUGCUGGCGUUAGAGGAGGACAGAGCCAGAGGAGAAGACUACAGAGCAGCGCCAUGAAUAUUAUCCUGGAUCUCCUCCUGCUCCUGCUCACCAUUAUCUACUCCUACUUGGAGGCAAUGGUGAAGGUUUUCUUUCCCCGAAGGAGAAAAUCGGUGGCUGGGGAGAUCGUUCUCAUUACAGGAGCCGGGCAUGGAAUCGGGAGGUGGACUGCAUAUGAAUUUGCAAAACGGAAGAGCCGACUGGUUCUGUGGGAUAUUAAUAAGCGCGGUGUUGAGGAAACAGCAGACGAAUGCAGAAAACUGGGGGCCACAGCCCAUGCCUAUGUGGUGGACUGCGGUAACCGAGACGACAUUUAUAACUCUGUGAAGCAGGUAAAGAAAGAAGUGGGAGAUGUGACCAUCCUGGUGAAUAAUGCCGGGACAAUAUAUCCAGCUGACCUUCUUAGUACCAAGGAUGAAGAGAUCACCAAAACUUUUGAGGUCAACAUCCUGGGACAUUUUUGGAUCACAAAAGCACUUCUUCCACCCAUGAUGAAGAGAAAUCAUGGCCACAUUGUCACAGUGGCUUCAGUGUGUGGCCACGGAGUGAUUCCUUAUCUUAUCCCAUAUUGUGCCAGCAAAUUUGCUGCCGUUGGCUUCCAUAGAGCUCUGACAUCAGAACUUGAAACCUUGGGGAAAACUGGAAUCAAAACCUCAUGUCUCUGCCCAGUUUUUGUGAAUACUGGGUUCACCAAAAACCCAAGCACAAGAUUGUGGCCUCUCUUGGAGACAGAUACAGUUGCAAGAAGCUUGAUAGACGGAAUACUUACCAAUAAGAAGAUGAUUUUUGUUCCAUCGUAUUUCAAUAUCUAUAUAAUACUGGACAAAUUUCUUCCUGAACGAGCCUUGGCGGCUAUAAAUCAUUUACAGAACAUUCAAUUUGAAGCAGUGAUUGGCCACAAAACCAAAAUGAAAUGAAUAACUGAGCUCCAGCCAGAGAUGUAUGCACCUUAACAAUGUAAAUCUAAGUUUAGAAUCAAUGCAUCAAAGCUUAAUUUCACAUUUUUUUUCAAUUCUGUUAAUAUUAAAAACAUUGGUUUGACAUUAGCAGCGCUCAAAUGAACGAGACUAAUUACCUGUCUUUCUCAAGAAUAUUAAUGUAGCUCUAACAAAUCCAUUUUUCAUCCCAUGCCUCUUAAAAAACUUCUGUGCUUACAUACACAUACUCAAAAAGCCACUCUUGUUAAGAUACUUUAUUUCUUUUCUUUCUGCUUGGAGGGGAACAAGGCUACCUCCCUGAGUGUAAAUACAAAGCAAACUUAAUUUACACAGGAAAGGCCUAAGACCUUGUCAACACUUAUGCCCUGUGAGCUAGCAGUUAGAGAUGAAGUUUAAGAAGCCGGUAGUCCUCCAAAGGACAAAGAGGUUAGUUCUAUGAAAUUCAACAUUUGGAAGCUUUCUCUAGCUUCUCCCAUUUCAUCAACCCCAAACAGUGCAACAGUAUUCUGUAGUUUCUUGCUUGAUUCUGUCCUUUAUAUAGUUCUUAUGUCCACCAGGAGUAGACACUCUAUACUUUCUGCCUUUUUCAUAACCUCUUAAAAUACUGUGCCAUACAAAAGGUGACCCUCUCUUGAAUCUCAGGAUAUCUGAAAUUUUAACCCCAUGAUAACUUCCUUCUUUGUAGAUUGUGCUUUCACAUAUCAUUGGUACCAGAGAUGUUUAGAUAGUUUUGAGCUUCAAAAAUAAAAACUAACAAAGGAGUUAGGCUGACUACCUAAUACUAGACAGUGGAUCUAAGAGAUGAAAAGAGUGGUCUCUUUUUUAAAUAGAAAAAAAAAAUCUGAUUCCCACUACAUCAAGAGUAAUCUUAUUUCAGGGUUUUUCUCAUAUAUAAUAGACUGCUUUUACAUCAACUAUCUGCCUGUUUUUAUUAAAAAUGAUAGAUUAAAAACCAAUCAUUAAUAAAAAUGUCUUAUAAACAAA